AUGGAUAAAAGAGGUCCUUAUUUGGGGAUUGUAGCGCCAAAUAACUAUGAGCUUAACCCUCUCCUCGACUCUAAAGCCUAUGUUCCAGAUUUCUCUUUGCCCUUCAUCGAUUUUGCGGGUAAAAGCUUCCGGUUUGGGAAAAUAUUAAACCAACGAGUGGUAAUCGUCAUGUGUGGAUUAGGGAUGGUGAAUGCAGGAGUAACAACACAGUUGCUAGUGAGCUUGUUUAGGCUGCACGGAGUGUUGCAUUAUGGAAUCGCUGGACAUACAGAUGUUGCUAGUGAGACUGGUGACGUCAUUAUUCCCAAGUUCUGGGCCCACUCUGGUCUUUGGAAUUGGCAGAGGUAUGGAGAUGGCGUGGACAUCGAGCUGGCUUUGGAAUCCGGCGGAGACUAUACUCGCGAUAUUGGUUAUCUCCAGUUUUCCAAGUACAAUAACCAUUCCGAUAACUUGCUCAACCGAAUCUGGUACCAACCGGAAGAAAUCUUUCCGGUUACCGGAACUCCCGAAGUCCGGGAACACAUCUUCUGGAUUCCCGUUGACACAUCCUACUUGGAUCUUGCACACCAACUCGAGGACACGAAACUACCGCAGUGCGUGAACACCACGUGCCUCCCUCGACCACCGAAGGUGACCAUCGUUGACCGUGGUGUGAGUGCAAGCAUCUUCGUGGCCAACGCCGCUUACAGAGCUUUCCUCCGUUCAAGAUUCAACGCCACCGUAUUGGAAAUGGAAAGCGCCGCCGUUGCUCUCAUCUGCCACCAGCAAAGCAUCCCUUUCAUCGUAAUCCGUUCCCUAUCCGUCGGCGGAGGAGGCUCCGGCGUUUCUAACGAGGCCAACAUAUUCAGCAGCCUCGCCGUACAAAACUCCGUCGAUGUUCUCGUGAAGUUCGUUGGUUUGUUACCUCCACAGGGAAACAAGUUAUAUCAAUGA